CUCAAUAACCAUCUUCAUCCACAACACACACAACACCAUCAUCAACCAUGGCCCGCACCAAGCAGACCGCCCGUAAGUCCACUGGUGGCAAGGCUCCCCGUAAGCAGCUCGCCUCCAAGGCCGCUCGCAAGUCCGCACCAUCAACCGGUGGUGUCAAGAAGCCUCACCGCUACAAGCCUGGUACCGUCGCUCUCCGUGAGAUCCGUCGCUACCAGAAGUCUACCGAGCUUCUCAUCCGCAAGCUGCCCUUCCAGCGUCUUGUUCGUGAGAUCGCUCAGGACUUCAAGUCGGAUCUCCGCUUCCAGUCCUCUGCCAUCGGCGCUCUCCAGGAGUCCGUUGAGGCCUACCUCGUCUCCCUCUUCGAGGACACCAACCUUUGCGCCAUCCACGCCAAGCGUGUCACCAUCCAGUCCAAGGACAUCCAGCUCGCUCGUCGUCUCCGUGGUGAGCGCGGUUAAGUUUGCUACUUCAUGAUACCGAUCUCACGACAACUUCUUGGUCGGCGAUGGAUCUUUGGUUACUUUCUUAGGCGUUUUCACGGGAAUCAUGGUUCACGGUCUUCAACUCGGGUUUAUGGGUGCACUGGAGUGGUGCUGAGCAUGUAGUAUAUCCAGCUAAUCA